AUGGUCAGCUCCUGUUGUGGCUCUGUCUGCUCUGACCAGAGCUGUGGUCGAGGUCUCUGCCAGGAGAGCUGCUGCUGCCCCUGCUGCUGCCAGACCACCUGCUGCCGCCCCAGCUGCUACAUCUCCAGCUGCUGCAGGCCUUCCUCCUGUAUCUCCAGCUGCUGCAGGCCUUCCUGCUGUAUCUCCAGCUGCUACAGACCCAGUUGUUGCCAGACCACCUGCUGCAGGACCACGUGCUGCCGCCCCAGCUGCUGCAGGCCCCACUGCUGUGUGUCCAGCUGCUGCCGCCCCUCCUGUUGCCAGACCACCUGCUGUAGAACAACCUGCUGCCAUCCCAGCUGCUGCCAGACCACCUGCUGCAGGACCACCUGCUGCCGCCCCAGCUGCUGUGUGUCCAGCUGCUGCAGGCCCCAGUGCUGUCAGACAACCUGCUACAGGACCACCUGCUGCCGCCCCAGCUGCUGUGUGUCCAGCUGCUGCCCCAGUUGCUGUGUGUCCAGCUGUUGCAGGCCCCAGUGCUGUCAGACAACCUGCUGCAGGACCACCUGCUGCCGCCCCAGCUGCUGUGUGACCACUUGCUGCCGCCCCAGCUGCUGGUAGACCACCUGCUGCAGAACCCAGUGUUUUCAACCCAGCUGCUGUGUGUCCAGUUGCUGCCAUCCAACUGCUGCCAGACCACCUGCUCCCACCCAACCUGCUCUAGUGGUUCUUGCUGCUGCUGCUGCUCUCAUCUGGACUCACCUGAUUCUCAUCAGCCAGCAUUCCUGAUGUAGUUCAUCUGCGAGCUGAGUUAUGGGAAGCUAGUUAGAAAACUUCAGUUCCAACUGAUUCUUAGAUAGAAUCUGACCUCCAAAUAUGUGCCCCCCGCCACAUUUUACCUCUGUACCAAAUGAACAUAAGUUGUAAUUUGCUCUGAAAUCUGUCAACUACCUUAAUUGAAAUAUUUGCUCUCUGCCAUAAUUUCUCAUAUGAAACUAUCCCAUUUUAAACAAAUAUUUGUCUAAAUAAAUCUUAAAUAAAUUUUUCAGGCAUAGAAAUA